AUGAAAAUUGAAGGAUGUGCAAGAGAUUUCUGCUUGGACACAACUAUACAUGGAUUUAACCAUAUAGCUGUUCCUGGAAGACAUUGGCUCGAAAGAGUUCUCUGGGCCGGAAUCACCGUAGCCGCAAUCUGGGGGGCUGUGGACAUUUCCCUGGGGCAACUUGCCCGGUAUAAUGACAACCCAACCGUGGUAACCCUUGAGAAGGACUUUAGGAGCUGGUACUUCAACAUGCCGGCUAUCACUACUUGUGAUCAGAAUCGUGUCAACCCAAAAAAGAUAGACGAAGUCCUAAAGAUCUACUUUAACGUGGACAGCCACGAUGAUAAAUAUGACUACUACAAGUCUUUCGUGACUGUCGUCGCCAAUUCGGACCUUCAGCAGUUGGAGAAUUAUAAGGAGUUUGUUGACGAUGAAUUACUGGCGAAAGUUGACUUGUACCAACUUGCUGUUGAUGUAUUACCAAAGUUCCAAGCCAAGGCUACUUGGUCCCACGGGAUAGACGUCAAUUGGAACCCCGUUAUGACGGAGUCUGGAGUUUGUUAUGGCACAAAUUCGUUAGCCACUGCUGAUGUUAAUAUAGUGAAACUCAAUCCAAACGACACCAAGAAUUUCCCGUUGACUUGCAAGUAUUCUUCACAGCGGUGCUACGUGCUUCUUGAGAUCACCUCCAAUGCUACGUUCUACACUCAUUCACCAUAUGAUAUCGUCGAUGCCAUGGGCCCCAAAUCCGUGGUCUACUUGUCAUUGGAUCGUUCCGUUGAACUGACUGUCAUCGAAACGGAGUGCGGGAAGGGGAUACGAGACCUGACCCCUCAGAGGAGAAGGUGUUUGUACACCAAUGAACCGCAGAGAAGUGGUGGACAGGUGUACAGUACCAAUACGUGCCGUUUGUCAUGUCGAGCUAAAUUGGCUGUCCGCCUGUGUGGUUGUCGGCCAUUUUUUUACCCUCGUGAAGAUGGCCCUCAGUGUACCCCUAAAGGCAUGUUCUGCCUUGCCGAACACACCAUGACACUUCUGACCAAUGGUGGAGUCAAAUGCUCCUGCAGCCCACAGUGCCAAGACGCCGUCUACAGGGAUGUUGCCACGGUGGAACAGAUUUGGGGCAAAGGCCAGUUCGCAGAUCGCGGCUCCAUGAGGUACACCGUGCAGGCUCCCCGGAGCAGGUAUACCAGGGAGAUAGUGUUCCACUUCCAGGACCUUGUUGUAUCCUUUGGCGGAGCAGCUGGCCUCUUUCUCGGAGCAAGCUUCAUCAGUUUUGUGGAGAUCUUCUACUUCCUCGUCAUGAGGGCAGUCAGGUUCUUCAUUAAGGAGGAUACGAAGAAGGACAGUGUUAAAGUUUUGAAAAAACCAGUGACCAUCCCGUUCGAAGCAGCCAGGAUCGUGGAGCUGAACAAAGUAUUGGAAAGUCAAGAGAGAUAUGGAUUUUGAAGUGUUUUUAGCAUAAAUCCCAAAACUUUAAAGUUCUAGACGCCUCUUCGAGUCUGCUAGAAGGUCUCUUUAUUUUGUGUGUUAUAUCAUUCCACUUUUUAUUUUGUGUGUUAUAAAUUUGCAAAUAAAUAAAUGAAGUUUA